AUGCCGAACAUCACAGUCCACCACCUCAACCAUUCGCGCUCGGACCGCAUCCUUUGGCUCCUCGAGGAACUCGGCCUUCCGUACACUGUCAAGGUACACUACCGCACCAAGCAGGGGUUCGCGCCGCAGUCCCUGCGUGAUGUGAGCGACAUUGCCAAGUCCCCCGUGCUCGAGAUCGAUGGUGUGGUCCUCACCGAGUCGGGUGCAAUCACGCACGCUCUACUCUCGCGGUACUGGACGCCCGGGCGCGGGCUGGAGCGCAUGCCCUCCGAGACGUCCAUAUUCUGGGGCUACUUCUCCGAGGGCACGCUCAUGCUCCACCUCCAGCCGGCGCGAACGGCGCAGCUCGGCGCGCGCAUCUUUGCCGCCGACGACACGCUCACGGCCGCCGAGAAGGCGGGCACACAAAAGUUCUACGAGUGGUUCCAGGGCAUGGCGCGGACCACCGUCGACCCCGCGCUCGCAAAGGUCGAGUCGUACCUCGCUAGACAGGCCCCGGGGGUCGGCUUCUCCGGCACGACCGAGCUCGGGGAGGGUGAUUUCAUGCUGGCAUUCGCGCUCAACAAUAUCGCGUAUGGUGGCAAAGUACGCCUGUACUCGCUCGGCCCGGCGUCGCUCGCCUGGGUCGACAGGAUGCGCGCGCGGCCGGCGUUCCAGCGCGCCCAGCAGCGUAUCAAGGACGAGGAGGCGUGGCAGAGGGCGCCAAAGUUGUAG